AUGAUGCAUCUUUUGUGGGUGCUGCUUUGGUUGAUGUUCCCCCCUCUGGCUUUCCUCUCUAAUCCAGACGAAUGUAACAUUCAUGAUGCCUACAGCUCGAAUGAUGGUUUGAUGAAGUCAUUAGAAUGUCAUAACGACUACGAGUCUUAUGUCUUCUGCAAAUGGAGAGAAGGGCCACACAUACGUGCACCUCUGCAGCUCUGGUUCCACACAGAAAGCGGCAGGCAGAGGUGUGAGCCCUUUGGAGAUGAAAUCCGACACACGAACGGGCACAGAACUGUCCAAUGUAGAUAUGCAACACCUUCUUUUUCCAUUGGCAUCCAACACACGGUCUUCUUUGUCAAAGAAGACAAACAGUGCUCAUCUGGCCAACUCAAGCCCUUGGCGCUUUCUCGUCACAUGAGAGCACGCACACCAGUGGAUCUGUCACAAUAUGACACUGGUGAUGGACAUUUGUCAAUCAAAUGGUCCAGUCCUUAUCCCGUUUCUUCUUCCCUGAACACAAACCUCAUGUACCAACUUGGCUACAAGGCAGAAAAACAGGACACGUGGACUAUUAAGAAUGUGACAAGCACAGAUAUCAAACUAGAGACACAUCGGCUUCUUCCUGGUCAGAGGUAUGAGGCCAGGGUGAGGGCCCGAGCCAGUAUUGGCCAUUGGAGUCACUGGAGCCCCGUGGUGACGUGGAGGACUAAAGAAGUCAGCGGACAGUCUCCCAGCUUGGAUUGUGUGCUGGAUGGCGAAAAGAAGGUGAUGUGUAGCUGGGAGGUAAGCAGUGAGCUGGAUCACAUAAUUACCUACCAGCUGGCCUGUCAACAUAACCACAGUGCACCGUCUGAGAGCUGCUGUACCAACCCGAUAGACACCUUUGACCCCAGUAGGCAGCUGGUGCAAUACAGAUGCUUGCUGAGUGUCGCCAGUCCCGCACGUUUGCAGCUUCUUCUUCAACCGACGCGCAAGGCUAAGACGUUCAGGGCCAAUGAGCACAUUCGCCCCAGACCACCACAGCAGCUAAACGUGAGCGAGAAAGGCAACAUCUGGGUUGUGGAAUGGGCCGAACCCAGCACCGCCUCAAAAAUCAGAGUUUAUUAUCAAGUGCGCUAUUACAGGAUGGAGGAGAAGGGGUCUUCCAUCCUGCUGAACAUUUCAGAGGGCUCCACUUCCUUGAACCUCCUGGGUUCAUCACUGAACCCAUUGCAGCAAUACCAGGUCCAAGUGAGAUCUGUCGUUAUACCAGGAGAGGGGUCAUACUAUGAAGGAAUCCCCUCAGAAUGGACCAAGCCAGUAGACUGGACAUCACAUGCUGCCAUGUGGCCUAUCAACAAAAUUGUGUAUUCAUCCAUCGGCGUGAUGUCAGUUUUUGGCUUUGUGAUACUUUACUGGACCAUUCCAGCUUGUAAAAGGAAGGUGAUUCUAUGGGUUGAAACUGUUCCUUCUCCUGGCAAAAGCAAAAUCCUAUCAGAGAUCAAGUCUUCCACCAGCCAGACCCUGAUGGAAAAUGACAACACUUACAUCUGCAAAGUGCAUCAAAUACAUAGCCUGUCUACAUGCAUCUCCCCGAGCUCCUCGCUGCGGCCAACGGAGGGUGCUGAAAAUAAAGAUUUGGAGCAGGACCGACAGGACUGCAAAUGUAAUAGCCUGCCCCUCCCUGCAGAGAAGGUUAAUGGCUGUUACCUUCCAGUGCACUUCAGCGGCCCAUAUAUCCUUUGUCAGUCAUUAGACUCCAAGUCCAUGCGUGAAGAAACAAAGGUGAACGAAGUAACCCCAUCAGAUGCUCCUUCCUCAACAGUCUUCGCCACCAGUGGAAGAGGCUAUGUGUGCCUUCCCCGCGGCAGCGUCUCCGCUUCCACAUCGGAUCUGGUGUCCCAUUGGGACACCGAUUCAUUCACGCAAAAGCAUGAGCAGAACCACCAGUGUGCAGAUAACGCAGAGUCGUCCGAUAAGAUGCCCGACAGUGAUGACCCGCCUCCAGCAUACAGCUCAGAAACAUCAUGGCCCACUAUAAGGCCUUCAGGCUACUGCUUUCUGCCACCUCAAUGUUAA